UCCCCAAACAAAUAAAAAGAAAUGGAAAAAAGAAACGACAAACAAAGGAGGAUUAUAGAAAAAGCCAGAAGUCAGGACCAGACCACCGAACCAUCAGUCAUUAGAACCAGGCUCUGCAUCUGCACGGUCACCGGCGAAGUUCUGGUGCUUGUAUAUGGUAUGGGUGAGAUCGUUAAGGAAGAUGAAGAGGAGGAGUUGAAACCCUUAAACGACAACAAAAUCUGUGCAGAUGGGAAGAAGGUGGAGAUUGUCAUCAGAACCGUUGGCCCAGCUCGCCCUUCUCGCCUCCAUGUUCCCUCUCCCAUUAAAGUGCAUGAUUUGAAAAAAUUGAUUGCUGGGAAUAACUGUUUGCCACUUGAGAAUUUGAGGCUUAUUUUGCGAGGAAAUGUAUUGCGUGACAACCAAAACGGUGAUGAUACAUGUAUACAACUUCAUAAUGGUGAUUCCCUGAUUGUUGCUGUUAAACCAAAGCCACCUGUAAAAACUUUUCGGGAUGGACUUGAUGAUGACGGCGAUGAAGAUGAUGAAGAUCUGAAGUUUCAGCUUCCACCAACAUCAAACAGAUGGAAAAGGAUGCUUUAUUCUUUUUUGCAUGACAAGUUGAAGCUUCCUGAUAUUCUUUUGAUGGCAAUUUUCUCUCUGAGUAUAAAGAUGUGGACUAUAAUCACUAUGUGGUUUAUAUUGGCCCCUGUUGCUCAUAGAUGGGGUAUCGGUCCUCUAUAUGUACUUGCAACAGGCUUUGUCAUCAUUCUUGUGAAUCUUGGAAAGCGGCAACCUGGUGAUGUCAGCGCAUAUUCUAUUUUCAAUGAAGAUUUUAGAGAGCUUCCUGGAACACUUAACGCUGAUCGACUGGAUAGGGAUGUAAGGUCGGGUCAGUUCUAAGAUUUUCAGUCUAUCUUCUGCUGCUCAUGUUUCUACAAAUGCGCGUCAGCACAACUUUGUAGUAAUGUUGACUCUAAGCCUACAACCGCUUCAUAUAAUAGACAAAUGCUGCUCUAACGAUCUUGGUUUUGUGGCUGUUUUUAAGUUUUCAUUAUUUUCAUCAGUGUUUCUUUUUUUUCUUUUACUUCAUGAACUGAAGGCAGUAGAGAUCCUUACCUGUACAGUAUAUAAUUCAUAGGUAAACAUGGCAAAUGUUUUGUUUGAAGACUUGAGUAAAUGAUAACCAAACUUUUAUUGUA